AGUGGAGAGAGCCAGGUAGUGUGAAGAGAAGUCUACCAAAAUGCGGUGGACAACGCUACUUUAUAUAUCAGUGGCGCUAUUUUUGGUAGCUUUAUCUCAAGCAAAACCACUAACACAAGAUAAUGGACUAAGUGAUCGAUCAAAACGAGAAGAAUCGGCAAAAGAACAGCCACAACCCGAAGCCGUUCAAACAAAAGAAACACCGAAAGAAAGCGAAACAUCAGAGGAMAACAGUCCAUCGGACAGUGGAGACAACAGCGGUGAUGAUCAAGAAGAUCAAGAAACUGAAGCGGACGAAGCCACCAAGCGUGAAUCCGUGGAAGCUACAGAAGACAAAGACGAUAAAGGAAAAGAUAAAAAGAAGGACUGUACUUGUAAGCCACCAUCAAACCUUCACAAGAGGUGUGGAUAUGGUUGUGGGUGUGGUGGGUAUGGGGGUUGCGGAUAUGGACUCCUAUCCCAUGGUGGAUAUUUACCAGCUGUAGCGCCAUACUAUGGUGGUUAUGGAGGAUAUGGAGGAUACGGCGGCUAUGGUGGAUACGGUGUCGGCUUCCCAUUACUCGGAGGAUACGGAGGAUAUGGCUUUGGUGGACCAUGUGGAGGCUACCUUGGCGGCUACCCAGCAUACCCUGGCUUCGGCAUAGGUGUAGGCGUUGGCUAUGCUCCUAACUGUGGUUGUGGUUGUGAUUGUGGAWCUGUUGAUGUUGUGCAUGUUGUUGAUGACUGCCGACGUGGUUGCCGUGGUGGUUGUGGUGGUUGUGGCUGCGGUAAUGACUGUGGAUGUGACUGUGGAUGUAGCUAUUGUAAAUCCAAAGUAUCCAAGUCAUCAGUAAAAUCUCGCCGAAGCACUGAAGUCCAAGAAAAGUCCAAGAAAGAUAAGCGAUGUGGAUGUGGCUGUGGAUGUGGUCAUCAUGGUGGCUGUGGAUGCGGAUGUGGUCAUCAUGGUGGAUGUGGCUGCGGAUGUGGACAUAGUUGUGGUUGUGGAUGUGGAAAUGGUGGAUGUGGUUGCGAACGUGGUGACUGGUUUGGUGAUAUUGGUUGUAAUCAUGGUCCAUGGGAUGAUGGAUAUGGUGACUGGGGAGGCUGUGGAUGUGGAGGCUGUGGAUGUGGAGGAUGUGGUUGUGGAGGAUGUGGUGGUUGUGGUGGUUGUGGAGGAUGUGGUUGUGGUGGUUGUGGAGGAUGUGGUGGUUGUGGAGGAUGUGGUGGUUGUGGAGGUUGUGGUGGUUGUGGUGGUUGUGGAGGAUGUGGUGGAUGGGGCUAUGGAGGAUGGGGACAUGGUGGAUAUUACAAAUCCAGCAUUAGAAAGGCUCCCAAAAGUGCCAAAACAGCAACUCAAACAGCAGGAUCCAAGAAAGAYGUGAGCAAACCUGAAUCUAAAAAGCGCUGYGGAUGUGGUUGUGGUGAUGGGUGUGGAUAUGGAGGAUGGGGAGGACCUGGUGGUUGGGGCGGCUAUGGAGGAUGGGGUCAUGGUGGUUGGGGUCAUGGUGGAUGGGGAGGACCAGGCUAUGGCGGCUGGGGAGGACAUGGAGGCUGGGGACAUGGCGGUUGGGGUCCAGGCUAUGGUGGACCAGUAGGAUGGGGCGGUUAUGGUGGUUAUGGCGGUGGUUAUGGCGGUGGUUAUGGUGGUGGAUGGGGAUGGGGUGGCCCCUGCUUUCGUAAAGGAAAAGUAAACAAAGUCCCACAAAAAGCAAACGGAAAAGAAGGAAAAGCUAACAAAAGAUGUGGAUGUGGUGGUGGAUAUGGAUGUGGUGGUGGAUAUGGAUGUGGUGGUGGAUAUGGAUGGGGUGGCCCUGGAUGGGGUGGCCCUGGAUGGGGAGGAUAUGGUGGCCCUGGAUUUGCAUGGGGAGGAUAUGGUCCAGGAUUUGGUGGCCCAGGAUAUGGAUACGGUGGUCCAGGAUAUGGCGGUUGGGGUGGAUAUGGUCCAGGCUACUUUAAAUCUAAAAUUCCACAAAAAGAUGUUAAAGCAGCUACAAGGGGAGAUAUCCCAUCAGCUGAAAAGAAACAAACAAUCCACCUUGGCUAUGGCUAUGCUAGCGGAGACAACUAUAGACUAGGCUAUGGUUAUGGUGGCAUGGGAGGCCUUAGUGGAUAUCAUGGACCAAUGAUGGGAAAUGGUCAUGGACAGUACUUCCGUAGCAGCAUUCCAAGGACAAUGAGAGCUUCGAAAAGAUGGGGAGGCUGGGGUGGCCACGGAGGAUGGGGAGGACAUGGCAGCUAUAGUGAACACCAUGGCUUUUCUGCACCUUACGGUCAUCCAAUCACACAUCCAGGAUUCUCAACAAUUGGCUUCCCAGGUCAUGCGGUAGCAACUGCUGAUGUCAAGAACAAGAUUGCUCAGAAACGUGGACGAACAAAGAGACAACUCCUUGGAGCUCAAUAUAUGGCUCCUGCACUAGCCCCUGUUUCUCCAUUGGGUGCUUUCCACGCUCCUGCAGCAUAUGCACCCUUUAUGCAUACACCCAUAUCAGCUGUACCAGCAUUAGGCUACCCUGCAGCUGUACCUGCUGCACUCCCAUUUGCACCAGCACACCUUGCAGGUAUUCCAGCAGCUCUCCCACUUCAAUCACCAAUACACUAUGGUGGGUUAGCUCUUGGUAGAUCAGGUGUCCAACAGCCCCAGCCAAAUCAAUUCAAUCCAUUUGGAAGAAAAAGAUCAGUUGUUUCUAGACCAUCAAAGACACAAUAACUCACAURAGAAACUGUGCUGAGACUAUUCGUAAAGUCUCUUAUACAUGCAAGUGAGAAGAAAACAAGAAAAACAGGAAUAACCUGAAUUUAUUUUGUAGAAAUUAUUCUUCCAGGAAUACUUCAGAUGUUUUAUAAUUGAACUACAAAUUGUAGUAAAGAAUCACAAAUCUCAAGUCAUUGAACAAAUGCAUGAUAUUUAGUACUAACCAUGUACAAAACUUGAGAUUUGUCAUUGAAUAAAAAAGAGUCUCUGAUUCUCUAAGUGUG